UCCAAAACGAAUUGAAUACAUUCUAUCAUUUUUGACAAAUAACAAAAUAAAAGAAUAUAUUUUCCAAAAUCAUUGCUCCGCGUAUUACUGUAAACAUUUAAAAGCAUUGUUAUAGAGUCGUACGCUUGUUUCGAUUACCAAUAAAAAAUAUAUUUUAACAAUAGUUAUGGCUGCGGCGACAGUGCAAAGAUUUCACUGUGGCGAAGUAUUUAUUACGUCCAAUUUUAGUAUGAUUCUUGAGUGCAAAUCGUGCAAUGAACAGUUCGGAGUUUAUACUAAAUUUCUGGAUCAUAUAUUUGAAAAACACUUUGAUGAUUGGAAUUCAGCCGAAAAAUCAAAGAGCGGCCCUAAGCAACGCGCAUCUGAGCCAGAGCAAAAUAAUGUUGAGCUUCCAAAAGAUAACCAAUACGUAGAAAUCGAUUCGACAACAUUGAAAGAUUUUCCGUAUGGAACUGACGAACAAGAUUUGAUAACAGAUGUGCUAGUACCAAUGGAAGAUGAUGCAGUGGUGUUAGAGGAUAUAAUCGAGGAGGAGCCUUCCAAAACUUCAAAUCCAAAUAUACGAACAUUGCGAACAUGUUCGACUACUUCGAAAGGAGGCGAUGCCGAUCGGAAAUACAAGUGUAGAAUAUGCGGCUUUGCAGUUUCUGGACUUCAUAAUUUGCCUGGCCACGAACAACGUCACAAUAUUAUAAAGCCCUUCACCUGCCUAAAAUGCGAUAAAGCUUUCUAUACGCGCACGGAAUUGAACACGCAUAUAAGGCGGCACAACGGCGAAAAGCCUUUUGUUUGUACAUAUUGUGGCAAGGGUUUUAUAACUGCUGGAACAUUAACUAUGCACGAAAAACGGCAUAUUGGAAAGCGACAACAUAAAUGUGAUCAAUGUGAAAAGAGUUUUUUCGAUGCCUAUCAGCUACGACAACAUGCUGUUGUACAUACGCAGGAACGUAAUUAUUCAUGUGAAAAGUGUCAAGCCAAGUUUAGUCGGCAGAAAACAUUGCGAACUCAUAUGAAAUUGCAUGAAAAUAAAUUAGGAUAUGAAUGCAUCAUUUGUCAUAUGCGUUUUAAUCAAAGGCCCACCAUGUUAUGGCAUGUGAAGAAUAAGCAUAAUGUUCUCCGCGAAGAAAUCGAAGACAAAAGCUCUGCCCAGACCAAUGAUCCCAUCGGAGGUGAAUGUGAAUCGACUUCUUACGAAUAUACCUUAAGGAUGGCUGCAAUUGCAGAUCAAAGGCAUCACUGUGGAGAAGUGUAUAUCACAAAUAACUACCUUAUGAUACUAGAGUGCAAGUUUUGCAGUGAGAAAUUCAGUGCUUAUGACAAGUUCCUCAACCACAUUUUUGAUAAUCACUUUGAUAAUGUUGACAUUCUUGAAGAACUGAAUACGGAAUCGAUGGAAUAUGAUGAUGAUGAAGAAGUUGCGGAACAAGAGUAUAUUGACAUAUUGACAGACACUAAUGUCGUAGGCGAUAGUAGUUAUUCGGCGGAAAUCAGUUCAGCCGCUGGCGCCAAAGUAUUUGAGAACAUAAUCGAUGAUGAAAAUAUGCCGGUGAAAAUAUCCAUGUGUCGUGUAAAUGUGGACAGCCAGAAUGAAACUGCUCAGCAUCCGCCAGAAAAUAAAAAGCUAUCAAACCCUCCCUCUGAUACACCAAGAGAAGAAAGCUCAAAAUUUCGAUCUGUUGUUUACAAAUAUCCGAGACAUCCUGGAGAAGAAAGAAAAUAUAAAUGUAAAUUUUGUAGCUAUGACUUUGCAAAUAUAAUAAAUUUGCGCCGACAUGAACGAAGACACUUGAACAAUAAACCGUUUCCCUGCGCGGAGUGCAAUAAACGGUUUUUCACACGCACUGAAUUACGUGCACAUAUCAGACGGCACACCGGCGAACGGCCAUUUGUGUGCACAUAUUGUGGUUUCGGGUUUGUAACGAAUGGUGCAUUAAAUAUUCAUGAAAAGCGACAUCUUGGUGAACGAAAACAUAAGUGUGAUAAAUGUGAAAAGCUGUUUUAUGAUGGUCAUCAGUUACGAAAGCAUGCUGUGGUGCAUACACGGGAACGUAAUCAUAAAUGCAACCAGUGCAAAGCAACAUUUACAAGAAUUGAAUCGCUACGGAAUCAUAUGAAGUUGCAUGAAAACGCUUUGCGUUACGAAUGCGGCAUUUGUAAUAUGCGAUUCAAUCAAAAACCUUCCUUAAUAUGGCAUGAAAAGAGCAAACAUGACAUAGUGCGAGGCGGUAACGGUCGAGUAAGCAACACCCUUACCACAGAAAUAACUAAUGAUACUGCGGACCUAGAAUACGAAUGUAAGCGUUGCAAAUUAGAAUUUAAAAAUAAGAAAUCAUUACUAGAUCAUCAAAGUUAUGUGCAUGCUGAUGCAGAUGCAAUAACAACGAUCGAAGCGCUCGAGGAAGCAGAAAGUGAAACAAUGUUAGAACUUCUUUGAAUUUGAUUAUUUAUGAACUCUAGUACGCCAAGUGAAUAUCUCACAAGAAUUUUGUUGUGAAAAUCGAACUAAAUUGUAUUACAUAGUGCUGUAUGAGUAUCAGAGGAAAGACAUAUUGUUCGAGCUUAAGUAUUUCAGAAGUACAUGAAAUUACAUAUUUAUUUAUAUUAUGAUGAUAAAUAUGUGUUAAGUAUUUAUAUUUUGUUUGUAAGUAUAAGUAUUUAAGAUAUAAAUUUAGAUUUUGUUUCAGUUAAGCAUUUAUGAAAAUUGGUCAGUUCUUGGACUCUGCCAUCAAACAAAUAUCAUU